CACCCAUCAUCCGUCGUGUGCCUCUUUUCUCUGUGUCGUCUCCGAUACCUGUCUACCAUCGAUAUGUCUGCCUCCGCAGAUCAUUCAAAAGACGGCUUACUAUGCAAUCCGAACUCUCCGAAAACCUUCAUGCCUCACAGACCAAAAGUCGCCACGGACUCAGCGCCGCGCAGACAGCCUCGGCGUCUACACUCUAUUGCGCGAUUGCUUCUUUGGACCUCCCUGUAAGGGAUUCCGGCCGGCGGUAGAGAUAAAAAAGUGGUCAUGAGCGACUUGCGUUUCAUUG